UUAAGCGAAAAAAGAAAGGGAGUGAAAGAGUGAACGUAGCAGCAAGGCAAAUGUUUUCUUUUCUCUUUGUGCUGGAAAUUGGCCUCUUUCUCUCUUUCUCUUUUUUUGUUGUUUGUCUCCCCUCUGACUGGAGGGGAGGCGACAGAGGCAGGGCCGGCUUUUGUGGAGUUUAGCGCCGGGAUCACAGCUUUGUCACUGUGUUUGUGUCGCUCGCACACUCACACACACGCACACACACAUGCGGCACACGUGCAGCCACCGGGCUUCCUCUUCAUGCAGCACAGGAGAGAUCUACAGUGGAUGGAGCCUAUCAGCAGCAGCCUACGGGAGAUAUCUCCAUCUGGACUGUGAACUGUUGGAGCCAUCAAGGCCUCAGUGAUGUCCUCUGUUUUUUGGAUUAGACUGCAUUUGCCUGUACAGCACAGUUGUUUAUUUGCUGAUGACUGUCGGACCGGUUCAUGUGGAGGGAGUGAGUGAUUGUUUGGACACGGAUUGGGUAACAAAAACAAGGAAGGAAGAGAAAGCAAAAGAGAAAAGGAGAGAUAGAGUGAGGGAUGAAAUAUCUGAUGCUUGCUGAGAUAAGAGCUAGUUUGGGAUUGAGAUGAGAGUGAGAUGAAGGGAUUUGUUUGGCACUAGAGAUAUAGAGGGAGGGUGGAAGAAGAGGGAAAGAGAGAGAGAGAGAGAGAGAGCAGUGGGAGGGAGGAGAGACAGAGGAUCCAGCCCUCUGGGACAGCAGUGUGUGUUUUGGGGGGUGGACAGAGUGGCUUUGUAUGCAGAACAUCACCGGACACCGACGGGAGGGACGCUGUCAGUUGUUCUCUGUGUGUGUCUGUAGUGAAACCAGACCUACCUCUGAUCCCAGCACCACACACACUCCUCCAUCUGCUGCCCAGGAGCCUGCCUUCUGCCUCCUCUGGACUGAACGCCCCCCCUCCUUCCGACUCUCUCGUGUGUGUGUGUGUGUGUGUGUGUGAAUGUGUGUUAAAAGUCUUGAAGAGCUGAUUCUUGGAGAUCAGGAGCAACAGGCUGUGAUGUGGAACUUGUGGGAUUAAAACUUCUUCUGGAGGCUCGGCAGUGACAGGGAUGGACCGGAGCCAGGAGACGAGUAGUACAGACUGUUGAGUCAAUGACCACAAGAUCCCGGAGGAAGAUUUGCAAGCUCCACUAAAACCACCCCAUCCUCCCUGCGCUCGAUCGUAUCUUCCCUACAUCUGCGUCUGAGGUCUCGUGUAGUCGCCGAGCGUGCAAGCGGCCCAUGUGGGCGGUGAGGGAUGCGGAUCUGAGCAAACUCCGCGCCCCGAUGCCCGCUGCUAUGCUCCCGUGCCCUGCGCCGGCCGGGUCUGACUGGAGCUUCCAGAACCCGGUGGGGGUGGACUGCAGCUCCCCUGAACCACGCUGCAUCUGGCUGGCGGUGCUCCGCGGCACCACGGGCCCAGCGCCGCCGCCGUCCCCACCACCCGCCAUGCCCACUGGGCACAGCAAGAGCUCUCAUCAGGCCAGGGCUAAGGGGCGGAGGGAUGGUCUCUCCUCAGCUGGUGACAACCCUCGGCCGCCGAUGGCGACCCGGCCGGGAAGAGAGGGGGUCGGCGUGGGCUGGAAGGGUCCCCGGACGCUGGUCCUCCAUAAGAACUCCCAGGGUUUCGGUUUCACGCUACGCCACUUCAUCGUUUACCCUCCAGAGUCCGCCCUGCACACCAACCUCAAGGAUGAGGAGAACGGUAAUGGGAAGGGGUAUCAGAAAGGUCGGCUGGAGCCGAUGGACACCAUAUUUGUGAAGAAUGUGAGAGAGAAAGGUCCGGCCCACCAGGCGGGCUUGUGCACAGGGGAUCGGCUGGUGAAAGUGAACGGAGAGAGUGUUCUAGGAAAGACGUACUCGCAGGUGAUCGCCCUCAUUCAGAACAGUGAGAGUGUGUUGGAGCUCUCCAUUAUGCCAAAAGAUGAAGAUGUGCUUCAGUUGGUAAGUGCAUACUCCCAGGAUGCCUACCUGACAGGCAACGAACCCUACGCAGGGGGAGCUGAGAACCUCCCGCCACCACCCCCCCUCUGUUACCCACGCACCAAGACCACGCCCCCUGCCGGAGCCCCUCCGUCUGCCCCCAUGGGCCAGAACCAGCUGGAUAACUGGAGUCGCUGGCCAGGCUCUUCCAGCCCGUCUUCACCCUUGGAUAACCGCUCUGCUGUGGGCAGCCCCGCCAGCUGGCAGGAGGGGCGAGCAGGAGAGCCAGGAGGUGUGGGUCACAGCAGCCCAGCUCACCGCACAGAGGAGAUCCAGUACGGUAUGACCAGCCAGCAGCCUCAGGGCCAGACCAGGGGGCGCUCCUACUCCUCCUCUUCCUCGUCAGGAGGCCCCCUUUCCAGCCCGCUUCAGGUCCACUACCCCAACCACCACGCCACCAGCUCCGCGCAGCCCCAGCCACGAAAGUCCAGCUCGGCCUGGAGCAGCCCUCCCCUGCCCCAGCUCAGCCACAGCCGCAAUGAGCGCUGCCAGCAGGCCCUCUCUGACUGGUACUACAGCCAGCUGCCUGAGCACUCAGGACGCUGCAUGCAGACCCGCCACCGCAGCUACUCUCAGGACCGGCUCAGUGAAACCAGGAGGCAGCAGCAGCGCACAGGUGGCUGGCCACACAGCGCCUCCCAGGACACUCUGCUGUUAUUACAGCAGUCAGGACCAGGACCUCACGGAGAGCCCUGCUGGUCAUAUGGGGACUGGGAGGGGGGCCCAGGCAGGGGCCACCCUGCCUCUAACUACACUCGAACUCGCUCUGAAAACCUUCUGGCCCAGUACGAUCGUCACGGCCGCUCGUUAGAGAUGCUAGACCGAGCAGCAGCUGGAGUGGUCUCACCUCGCUUUGAGAGGCCUUCGUGGCACCAGCAGGCUCCCCAGCCGCCCCCCAGGACUGACGCCUACCCAAGGCAGGGGAGCCAUUUCGGUGCAGUGCAAGCUCCUCCGAUGCCCAGACACACACAGUCACAUUCUAAACACCACCCACAGCCCCACACCCAGGCCCACCCCCAGCCCCAGACCCAGCAGGCUGCCCCCCAGACCCGGCGGCUUCCCCCAGGGCAGAGCAUGGACGACCAGCCAGUAGGCUACCGCAGCUACAGCCCCUCUUUUUACCGCAAGACGGGCCGCAUCAUGCAGCAGGCCCACUCUUUCAGGGACCCCUCAUACUCUGGCCCUCACUUGAACUGGAACCCAGCGCCUAAAACCAGCCCCCCGGAGGGCACAGCGGCACCCAUCACCUCCUCUGCCGCAUCUCCCCUCGCCUCUGCCACCCCCGAAUCCCAGGACAGAGCGUACAGGCCGACGAACCACGAGAGGGAACGAGGGUCAGUGGAGGGGCAGGCGGAGGCGGUGCCGCAGACCCAGGAAGUGGUGCUGAGGCAGAAACCUCCCACCGGGCGGAGGAACGCCCACGGCAUGCGUCACCCCCACUACGCGUUGCCCAUGGAUGGGCUAGAACCCUCUAUGUUUUCUUCUGAUCCCCAGGACUCAGCCCCCGCCCCCAGUUCCACAGGAGAUGUAGCGCCACGCAAACCGAACGGCAACCUCGCCCCCCUCCCCAUAGAGGAUGACUCUCUGGCCUCCAUCCCCUUCAUAGAUGAGCCGACGAGCCCCGGCGCUGAUUUGCGCGCCCGCCACGUGCCGGCGUCCUCGGUGGUGUCCAGCGGCAUGAGUUCGGCGCCCGCCGUUGUCACCAGCCCCGCCUCCCCCACCUUCACCUUCCCCCUCACUAGGCUCUUCUCACAUGACUGCAGCAGUAUUAAAUCCAGUCGCCGUUCCUCCUAUCUUCUAGCCAUCACCACAGAGCGCUCCAAGUCAUGUGACGAAGGACUCAACACGUUCAGAGAGGAAGGCCGGGUCUUCUCGAGGCUGCCAAAGAGAGUGAAGAGCUUCUUCACCGAUGGGUCACUGGAUAACCUUGGGACAGCAGAGGAGGUUCGAUCUAAACGCCACUCCACCUCAGAGCUGGGAAACAUCACUUACAGCGACGUACGGCGAGAGGGGUGGCUGCAUUUCAAACAAAUCCUCACAGAGAAGGGCAAGAAGGUGGGCAGUGGUAUGCGUCCAUGGAAGCGAGUGUUUUCAGUGCUCCGCUCCCAUUCGCUGUUCCUCUAUAAGGACAAGAGGGAGGCGGUGCUUCGCGGGGCCACGAUCGGCGGCUCAGCAGAGGACGAGCAGCCGAUCAGCAUCCGGGGCUGCCUGGUGGACAUCGCAUACAGCGAGACCAAACGAAAGCACGCCCUGAGACUGACCACCCAGGACUUCUGUGAGUACCUGCUGCAGGCAGAGGACCGGGAGGACAUGCUGGACUGGAUCAAGGUCAUCAGGGAGAACAGCAAGACAGACAAUGAGGAGCUCGGCUUCUCCAGACAGGCCCUCAUCAAUAAGAAACUGAACGAUUACAGAAAACAAAGUCCAACAGGCAGCAAGCCCGACUCCUCUCCCAGGAUGCCCCGCAUGAAGCCUCCCUUCCUGCUCGCCAAGACGGAGAACGCCGCUGGAGCGCCGCGCUCCCCAAAACCAGAGGGCAAAGAUGAGAGCAGCCCGCCGAAGUCUCCGUGGGGCAUCAACAUCAUGAAGAAGACGAAGAAGGCCGGGCCCAAAGCUUUCGGUGUGAGGUUGGAGGAAUGUCAGCCAGGCGCAAAUAACAAGUUCAUCCCGAUGAUCGUGGAGAUCUGCUGCGGUCUGGUGGAGGAGAUGGGUCUGGAAUACACUGGGAUCUACAGGGUUCCUGGGAAUAACGCCAUGGUGUCGAUGCUCCAGGACCAGCUCAACAAGGGCGUCGACAUCAACCCUGCAGAGGAGAAGUGGCAGGACCUCAACGUCGUCAGCAGUUUACUCAAAUCUUUCUUCAGGAAACUUCCAGAGCCACUCUUCACCAACGACAAGUACAACGACUUCAUUGAUGCCAAUCGGAUGGAAAAUGCAUCAGACAGAUUAAAGACCAUGAAGAAACUGAUCCGAGACCUCCCAGAUCAUUAUUACCACACACUGAAGUUCCUGGUCGGUCACCUGAAGACUGUAGCAGACCACUCAGAUAAAAACAAGAUGGAACCUCGUAACCUGGCUCUGGUGUUCGGACCGACUCUGGUUCGGACGUCCGAGGACAACAUGAAAGACAUGGUCACACACAUGCCUGACCGAUACAAGAUAGUAGAGACGCUCAUCCAACAUUACACUUGGUUUUUCACUGAGGAGCUAGACAAGGAUGAAAAGACGCCGGUGGACACGGAGGACGUGCAACCCGCCCCCAACAUUGACCACCUGCUGUCCAACAUCGGCAGGACCGCUCUGCUCGGGGAGGCCUCAGACUCAACCAACAGUGACUCAGCUAAAUCAAAGGGGUCGUGGGGGUCAAAGAAGGACCUGACAGCCAAGGACUUCCUGACUCUGUCCAUUAUGUCAGCUGUAACAGGCCGCAAACGCAGAAAGCGUCAUAACGCCCGCCGUGUGGGCAGCAGCACCGACGACGACUCGGAGCACGAGCCAAUCAAAGCCGGACAUCUAGGGGCAGAGGAGGAAGAGGAGGCAGAGUCACCUGUAGGCGACACUGCUCCUCGGGCGGAGGGAGAGGAGGAUGACGAUGAAGAGGAAGAAGAAGAAGAAGAAGAGGAAGAUGAGGAAGUUGUAGAAAGCGGAGCGAAAGAGGAGGUAGAAGAAGAUGAGGCGGUGGUGAGUAUUCCCAGUCGGCCGUGCUGUAAAGAGGAAGAGGAGACGGGAGGGAGGCAGGCAGCGAUGUUGCUGCAGGAGGAGGAGACACGGGUGGAGGUGAAGGGGCCGCCAUGGCGAGCGCCAGAGGACGCGCGUUCUAUCGUUUCUGGUUACUCCACCCUGUCCACGCUAGGGCGCAGCCUGGGGUCAGAGGGAAGGGGGGACGACGCCGAUGACGAGCACAGCGAGCUGGUGAGCGAGACGGAUAAUGAGAGUGGCUUCGCCUCGCGCUCCCUCACCCAGGAGAGACCCGAUAAACACCCGACUACACCCGUGAACGCACAGCCGCCAGCAGCCCCGCGCAGCUUCCUCUACACACACUACAAACCCCCUGUUCUCUCGCCCACAAACCUGCUCGCCCCGCCCACACCCCUCACCCACACCCCGGACUCUGCAGAGAGGAGUGAAGGAGGAGCGCGCUCCACCACGCCCUCGUCCUCCUCCUUCUCAUCCUCCUCCACCACUCACAGACUGCACUCGCGGCCUUCCUUCAACUCCCACAAGCUGAUCCAGUGCGACACUCUGGCCAGGAAGAAGCUGAAGUCGGAGAAGGCCAAGGCUCGCUCCCUGGACCUGUUGGAGCUGUCCGAGACCAUGGCUCAGGGUGAUGGGGCUGGCUCUGGGUCUGAAGGUGCACCCAGAGUGAGGAGAGAGACCUCCAGAACCAACCCCUCCUCUGGCAGCAGCCAGGAGAGCCUGCGCCCGGCCCGGCCCAAACCCGCUCUGCCGCCCAGCGAGGCCGCCUCCUUCACCCCAACCGGCCCUGGCGGCAGGUCUCUAGCCGAGCAAGUCCGCGCCCGACUGCUGGGCUCGGCCGACGACCUGCGCAGCGUGGGGCUGCGGAAACCGCUGUCGCCAGAGACGCGGAGGAAGAGACGGGCCUGGCGCAGGCACACGGUGGUGGCCUCCCCGACCGAGACGUCCGACAAGAGACCCCCGCUGAUUGUCAAUGAAUUCCCCUUGUCUCCUAUCAAUCAAAACCAGGUCAAAACACCAGGGCUGCCUCGGGAUGCAGACGGGCUCGAACAAGGACCGGCUACUCGUCAAGCACCCACCUCUAGAUUCCACCAAUACCUGUGAAGCCCUGCCAGCUGGCCCCAAGCUCCACUCUGAGGGAAAAGAGGCUGAAGCUGCUGACUCUAAGGGGGGGUCCGGCCGAGCUGCUGGCUCCCUGCAGGUCAGUAGACUGUCAGCAGCAGUGUUAACAGGGUUGUGGUUAGUUGCCAGGUGCAACACAGUGUACCAAUGAACAGGUCUUUAACAGCAGCCCACCCUUUUCUUUUUGAUAAGCUCCGUUUGCAUGGCAAGGGGCAUUCCAGUGUUGCCAAAGCUUUUUUUUUUUCUUUUUCCUAUAUGUGUGCUUUUAUAGAAAUAAUACAGGAACAGGACAGAGACACAAACAGACCUCAUCACAUCCAAUGUUACAGCCAAGAAUUCUCAUUCGAGUAAUAACCAAGCAUCCUUCCCUGUCAUCUCUUCCUUCCGGGCCUGGCUCACAGACGGCAUUUAAAUCAAAGGGUUAAACCCCUUCAAGAGAACAGAGGAGGAUGUUGAAAAUACAGCCUGCCUCUGGUUCUUGAGAGAAUGGUGCUUCUUAACUUAAAGUGGAAUUACAAAAUUUCUCCAAACCUUCUUCAAGUGAGCCAGAGGAGACAGACUCUUAACAAUUCCAAAUUUAAUGGUCAGGUUAAAACCAUUUGAAGUGGGAUCUCAACUGAUUUUUCAUAUCAGUCUUCCUAAUCUGUUACUCCUCAGACCACAGACACUGUAAUACUCAUCAUUUAUACUCCAAACGAUAGGUCACAAACACAGAAAUACAGUCGUCUCUCUCUCUCCCUACUUGUUAAUAAUGUUUAUGUGUGUUUGCGCAACAAUAUUCGUGAUAAUGUCCGAGCGUGCAAGUGUUUGUGUUGAACAGUUUUUGUAACAUUUGUACAAAGCCUUGUUAAGUUAACCUUGUAAAUAUAAAAUAUUAUGUUAUCAUAUUUGUUUUUACUUUUUUUAGUUCUUUUUUUAUGGUUUACAAAAAGUGCGUACAAGUGCACAGUCAUUUCUUUCAAGAUGUUACUUGAAAUGUUUCCCUUAAUAUAUUCUUUUUUGUUUUAUAUUCUCUCUCUACAUAUAUAUAUAUAUAUAUAUUAUAUAUAUAUUUUGUACUAAAGUUAAAAAAGGUCUUUUAUUGUGAUUUCACCUCUUGGGUGUACCUGUUCAAAGGAGACGAGAUAAAUAUGACUAACCCCCUUCCUUAUUUCCUCAUAGAUGGCCUUUCUCUCUGAUUCUCAGCACUGUGCAGAAAACUUUUAUCUCAUGAGAUACAGUCUUAGAAAUAAGUUUAUCUGGUGACUACACAUUCAGCAAUGUUGCAUCAACAUGUAGCAAGAUAAAAAAAAAGUAAUCUGGUAAUUAUUACAUUAUAUUGGACAGCUUGCAGGCAGCUCAGCACCACACUGUGAUGGCUGACCUCAUCAUUUGUUUUGUUAUUCAUGUCUGGGAUUACUUCACAGAUCUGCUCAUAUUUACUGAGCUCAAGACAAAGUGGUGUUCCGUCUUGUAAUAAAAGACAAGACAAGAAGCCUGAGUUUAACAGACUGUUAAAAGAUGUACAAACGGCUGCAUUUUCACUUCAAGCGAUUACGCGUUUUCAUCACAUCCCCUCUCGGGGGGUGUGUGUGUGGGGAGGAGGUGGUGGUGUUUCCAUAAGGUCAGGAUCUAAUAAAUCCUCCCAGACUGGGGAAAUGGUACAUUAGAGGAAAUGAAUACAGAACAACCACCAUCAUUAAUCUAUUGUUUUUAUGACCCAUCAUCAGAAAAUAACACAAACAGGAGGUGCAACUUCCAAAGUCAUGAGAGACUCGCCUGUUUUCAUCUAACCAAACAACCCAGUGAAAAGAAAUGGUGAUAAUAAUAUUAAUGAUAAUAAUAAUGGUAAUAAAUGAUAAGUUACAGUCUUUGUCUUACCUCAAGAUAUUUUCUACAAGUGCCUGAUUUCUGGAAUGUGUUUUUGUUCUGCAGUGCCAUGCGCGGUUCUUAUCUUUCCGUUUCCCUUUGUUGUUUCUGGGUCUCCUCCCUCCUCUCCUGUGGUUGAUGGUCUAAUAACUAAGGCACUGACCCAAAGAUGUAUACAUUGAAUACAAGCGGUCUAACUGAGAGGCUGUAAAAGAAAAUGAAAAAGAAGCACACUUCAAGCCAAGGAUAUGUCUAUGCACUCUCUUUGCCUUUUAACGCAGGCAUUUAACAGCUAUUCCCGAUGCUGCUAAGAGGGAAGAGGCAUAGUGCUUUCUCUCAGCUGCUUUCUUUCUUAACAAACUGAGGCCAUCUCUCUCUGCCUAUAGCGAUCCACAGUGUGUGAAUAUGGUACACCUAACAAAGCCCUACCCUAAAACUGCAUUAGGUCAUGCCAGGCAACAUCCUGUUUCCUAAAGAUGAACUUAACAGCCUCAUCAGAGGGAAGCUCAUCAUGUUGGUGUGUGUUGUCUGAAAUGUGAUUCACCUAAUGUCUCAUUGUUGUAUUUUAAGUCUUUUUGUACAUACUAUCUUAAUAUGUAACAUACUGUAUUGUGUACAUUUGGAAUUGCUUUUGAGUAUAACUAAUAUGAAAAUGACUGGACUUAAAAAGGUUGUCCGCCUGAAACCAUUUCCCCUCAUGGCUGUGUGCUUUAAAGCAAGGUUAUAUGAUGUAAAUAAACAGAACUAUGUUUAAAAAAA